GUUGGCGCCGUGUGUAUAAAUAUUCUGGUCAAAUUCUGCAUCAUCAUCAGUACAGCUUCAGCAAUUCAGCAGAACAAAUCAACCCAACUUCAAGAUGUUCAAGAUCUUCGCCCUGGUUGCCUGCAUGGCCGUUAUCGCCGCUGCCUACGAGGACGCCCACCCCAAGUACAAGUACGAGUACGGAGUGAAGGACUCCAAGACCCACGACCACAAGAGCCAGUGGGAGAGCCGCGAUGGGGAUGUCGUCAAGGGACAGUACACCCUGGAUGAGGCCGAUGGAACCCACCGCGUGGUGGACUACGCCUCGGACCACAAGGCCGGAUUCCAGGCCCAUGUCCAGCGUAUGGGACACGCCGCCCACCCCCACGGAGAGAGCUACGCCAACAUUGACCAGCACCAUUAUAAAUCACAGUUCUCAUCUAGCAUUCCAAUCAAGUGGAUCAACAUAACUUCCUCAACAAUGUUUAAGUUUGUCCUGGUUCUUGCCCUGGCGGUGGCCGUUUCCGCCCAGUGGGAAGGUGGCUUCGAGGGAGGCUACGGCGGUGAGCACAAGGAUUACCACCAUUCCCACCCCAAGUACAAGUUCGAGUACGGCGUGAAGGACCACAAGACCGGAGACCACAAGAGCCAGUGGGAGUCCCGGGAUGGGGAUGUCGUCAAGGGAGCUUACACGCUGCACGAGGCCGAUGGAACCGAACGCAUUGUGGAGUACUCGUCCGAUAAGCACAACGGAUUCCAGGCCCACGUCAAGCGGGUCGGACAUGCCCAUCACCCGCAGGUUUACGGACACCAUGAGGGAGGUCACUACGGUGGAGAGUCGUCGUCCUUCGGAGGAUUCGGCAACGGUGGAUAUGGCCAUGGGCACGGACAUGCCAGCAGCUACGCCAACAACAACCUGUACUCCCACCAUCAUUAAAGUGUCACCGGAUGAUCUCUUGAUAGUUUUAUGCUUUUGAAUCUA